AUGGUGCCUGGAGUCACAGCUGCCAUCUCCAUUUUUGCCCUUCUAGGCUCAGACUCAGAAGGAACCACAGCUCUGAUUCUUCCCAAAUACUGGCCACUGCUGUGCCAUUCGGUGCCUAGGUGUGGAGACCAGAUCUACAACCCCUUGGAGCAGUGCUGUGACAAUGACACCAUCCUGCCCCUCUGUGGGACUUGGCCCUGUGGCCUCCACAGUGUCUUCUGGCCCCGCUUCCAGCACUGCUGCCUGGAAUUGGGGAUUUCCCAGAAUCAGACAGUGGUGAGGUUAAAGGUCCAAGGCAUGAAGCCCCACUGA